AUGCCCGCAGUGCCAGGCACUCUGAACGGCCCGCCUUCUGGCAAUAACCAUGCCAUCCCCCUCAGCGCACGGCGUGCGGAGGCGCUCGAUCUCUCGACUGUCGAGCGGAGAGGGCAGCCCAAUCAGCGCAGUUAUCCGACAAGGAAAUCGCGUCUGUUCGACAUACCGAAUGCGCCCAUCUAUCGACCGACCGAAGAGGAAUUCCGCGACCCGAUGGAAUAUAUGCGCAAGAUUGCUCCCGAAGGCAGCAAGUAUGGCAUCGUGAAAGUGGUUCCUCCGGAGAACUGGAAUCCCCCCUUUGCCAUUAAUACUGAGCGUUUCCACUUCCGAACACGACGGCAGGAGCUGAACUCGGUCGAAGGUGGUAAUCGAGUGAAUAAUGACUACCUGGACCAACUCGCCAAAUUCCACAAGCAAAAUGGACAUAAUUUGAACCGAUUCCCGAGCGUCGAUAAGCGGCCUCUUGAUUUGUAUCGCCUCAAGAAGACUGUAGAGCGUAAAGGCGGCUUUGAGCAGGUGUGCAAAGGCAAGAGAUGGGCUGAAGUGGGCAGAGAUUUGGGCUACAGUGGGAAGAUCAUGUCGUCGUUGUCGACGUCGCUCAAGAACUCAUACCAAAAAUGGCUCUUGCCAUACGAAGAGUACCUGCGGUUGGCAAAGCCAGGAGUACAUCAUCACAUCGAGAUGAUGAAUGGAGGUCCCUAUACGCCAUCUCCAGGUCCAUCACCAGUCAAGCGACCACCUGGGGCGACGCCCGGAGAACAUACUUCAACGAAGCACGCGUCCGCCGCACUGCAUGCUUCGCUCAACGGACACAGUCCGCACCCAACUUUCUCUGGCAAUCACGAGAUCCUGCACCCGGUGCAGCAGCAUGAAACGCCCCAACAACCCCAUUAUGCAGCACCUCAGCCUCAUAUCGCACCCAUCACAGGUGGAUUCACUCCCGUCAAUGCUGGCGGUUUCACCCCGGUCAAUGCGUUGCCUCCCCCACCGCCCACACAAAGUGGCUUCACUGCUGUCAACGGUAUGAAUGGAAUGCACCACACCAACAGUGGCCAUCCGCCCCACCCCAUGGAGGGCAAUAGCAAACACAUGUCCCAACACGCUGCUCCAAGCCCAAAUGGCGUCUCGACCCUCAAACGACCACAUGCGGAAUUGACACCGGAUGAAGUAUCUCAACUGGAGAGGCGGAGCAAGCGAAUGCGGAAUGACGUUCCCACCGUGGCUGGUAGUAACAUGCACCAUUCUCGAAUGGGCCCCAAGCAGCUGCAAGCGAAUCGCGAACGCGGGAAUUAUAGCCCAGGCGAGGUGUGCGAGAACUGCUUAACACCAAAUGAGCCUCACAAGCAACUGAAAUGUGAGAGCUGUGGCGACGCUUAUCACAUGUACUGCCUGGAACCACCUCUAAAGCAAGCGCCUGCGCACGAGUGGCAUUGUCCGCGGUGUCUCGUCGGUACCAAUGAGUAUGGUUUUGAAGAAGGCGAUGUAUACUCGCUGUCCGGAUUCCAGCGAAAAGCGAAUGAGUUCAAAGAGCAUCAUUUCAACACGAUGCCUCGACAAUACAGCCCGUUCAACGAGACGAAGCAUCACCUGGAAGAAGAUGAUGUCGAGCGCGAGUUCUGGCGACUUGUCGAGGAUAUGUCGGAUGCCACAGAAGUAGAGUAUGGCGCGGACAUUCACUCCACCACGCACGGUAGUGGAUUCCCGACAAUCGAGAAGCACCCCCGCGACCCAUACUCUACCGAUCCUUGGAACCUGAACAUCUUGCCACUCGAUAAGGAGUCUUUGUUUCGGCAUAUCAAGUCCGACGUGUCUGGCAUGACCGUCCCGUGGUUGUACGUUGGCAUGGUGUUUUCCACAUUCUGCUGGCACAACGAAGAUCACUACACAUACUCGGCCAACUAUCAGCAUUUUGGUGAGACCAAGACGUGGUAUGGUAUACCUGGAGAGGACUCGUACAAAUUCGAGGAGACGAUGAAGCAGGAAGUACCCGAGCUUUUCGAAACACAGCCGGAUCUUCUGUUCCAGCUUGUCACUCUUGCAAAGCCAGAGAAGUUACGAAGAGCUGGAGUCAAGGUUUACGCAAUCGACCAACACGCUGGCGAGUUCGUGAUCACCUUCCCACGUGCGUACCAUGCUGGUUUUAAUCAGGGAUUCAACUUCAAUGAGGCUGUCAACUUUGCGCCCCAUGACUGGGAACCAUUCGGCCAAGAGGGCGUCAGGAGGCUGCGAGACUAUCGGAAGCAGCCAUGCUUUUCACACGACGAGAUGCUGCUCACGGCUGCAUCACGGGACAAUUCUAUUCGUACUUCGAAAUGGCUAGCACCGGCAAUGGAACGCAUGCGCGACGAUGAGCUUUCUACCCGUCAGCACUUCAUGGGUAGUCUCGAGCCCGAAACAGGAACUCAGCAACAAGACCCCUAUACAGGACCUCGAUACGGACGUGAGCCCGAGGCCAUCGAUCCCGCGACGGAAGAAGAGGAAGUGAUUUGCACGUUUUGCAAAGCGUAUUGCCAUCUGUCGCGUUACCAGUGCAAGAAGACGAAGAAAGUGCUUUGCUUGUUGCACGCCGGCAGCUACGAAUGCUGUGACGCCUUGGAGUCCGAACGUUACUCUGGGCAAAACGGAGAACAUGCGGUCUACUAUCGCAUGACGGAUGAUGUGCUCACGGCGACAGUGCAAAAGGUUGUCGACAAGGCUAACAUUCCUGAAGCGUGGGCAGUCAAGGUUGCCAAAGAACUGGAGGACAGUGCUCGACCAUCGCUCAAGCAUUUGAGGACUCUUCUGACCGAGGGCGAUAAGAUACAAUAUGAGCUCCCACAACUUCCAGAUCUCCGACGUUUCGUAGAUCGGUGUAAUGAGUGGGUCGAAGAGGCCACUAAUUACAUCACCCGCAAGCAGACGAACCGACGCAAGAGCGAGAAGGUCUGGCGAAAGGGCACCAAGGCUGCCGAACAAGAAGAGCGGGAUAAGGAGCUACGCAAGAUCUCCAACAUAUAUAAUCUUCUGGAGAGCGCAGAGAAGAUUGGCUUUGACUGCCCAGAGAUUGUGACUCUGCGCGAACGAGCCGUCAACAUCGAAGAGUUUCAGAAAGACGCAAACGCAGCGCUGGGGAACAUCCUCGCCAAGAAGACGGAGGACUUUGAAGAGUUGCUCGAGCGUGCCAAAGAUUUCCACGUGGACAUGCCUGAAAUUGAGAGCAUCGAGAGAGUCCUCAAGCGUUUGCGAUGGAACGACACCGCCAAGGCGAAGAGGCCGAGCCAAGAAACCGGAAAACAGGGCCAGACCUUGAGCGACAUUGAGAAGUUCUUGAGUGAAGGUGCAGAAAUUGGCGUGCCCGACACCAAUCCUGACGUGGCCUUUUUCAAGGAGCACAAAGCGCAGGGCGAGUUGUGGGAGCAGAAGGCCAAGGAACUGAUGGCAGUCGAACAGGUACACUACCAGCAACUGGACGCGCUGUCGCGUCAGGCCUCAACACUCCCGGUCACAGUCGAAACACUUGCUGCCGUGGAUGCGAUCCUGAAGAAGCAGCGGGAAAUACAAGAGAAGAUUGUGUCGCUCGUGGACCGUAGCAAGGACCCCGAUUUCCGCAAGCGACCGCAUUACAACGAAAUGAAGGAAGUCAUGGAUGCCCUCGACGAACUGCAGAGUAAACCGAAUGGCACCAUCGAUCUGGAGAAGGAAUCCAAGCGACACGAGGACUGGAUGCGGCGCGGCAAGAAAUUGUUCGGCAAAGCCAACGCCCCCUUGCACAUCCUACAGCAGCACAUGCACAUCGUGGACAUGCGCAAUCAGGCAUGCUUUGACAUUGAAGACAAGCCCCGAGGACCUGUCGAGCCCUCUUCCCGCGCAGGAAGUCCCACCGAAGGCGACGCUCCGAUCACGGAAGGUAGUACCUCCAGUCGGGAUGUCUUCUGUAUCUGUCGCAAGUCUGAGGCCGGCAUGAUGAUCGAGUGCGAGAUUUGCCAUGAAUGGUAUCACGGAAAGUGUCUCAAGAUCGCCCGAGGCAAAGUGAAGGAGGAUGAUAAGUACACCUGCCCGAUCUGCGACUGGCGAGUGAAGAUUCCGCGUGACGCCGCUCGACCCAAAUUGGAAGACUUGCAAGCCUGGUUCGAUGAGCUGGAAACUCUGCCAUUCCAGCCCGUCGAGGAGAAGACAUUGUCCAAUAUAUGCGAGUCGGGUCAAGUCUUCCGUGAUUUCAUUCGUCCAUAUGUUGAGCCAUCGAUGGAGCCCACCCCCGAAGAGGUCAGCAUCCUACGCUUCUAUUUGCGCAAGGUCGAAGGUGCCGACAUCCUCCUUGCACAUGAGACCAAUUAUCUUCGUCAACAACUGCAUCGACUCGCCAAAGUGGCGCCGGAGGCUCCACCGUUAACAGACGCCUCGCACUCAACUCGGAAGCCGCGCCCGACAAAGCAACAGAAGCUUAUGGCUCAGCUUGGUAUUACCAAUCCUGAGGACUUGCCCACGCAGUACAAGAUGAAGCCUCAUGUUGCCAAGCGCAAA